AGGUGGAACUGAUCACCAAUGCCAUGGACUCCUAUGAGGUGGGCGAAGCGGUCUAUUCUGAACUGCUGACGGUCAACGGCUUUAGCUUCCGAUUGGCCGUCUAUCCUCAAGGCUUGCAUGCAAAGUUCCCCUGUGUGGCGGCCUUUGUUGAAGCCGAGGCACCAAAGGAUGAUGAAUGGUGCUAUCGAGGUGUGAAAUUUCAAGUGACGCUGAUCAAUUGCAUCGACUAUCGCGUCAGUAUAGGUCGAAUCGACCAAGGCGACUUCCACGACGUCCACAUGGAUCGUGGAUGGGCAGAUCUCCUGCCUCAGGAACUGGCGACGGAAGAUAGAGGUUGGGUCAGCAGCUCGGGAAGCUUAGUGAUCCGUGCCGCAUGCAGCGGUCCACUGGGUCGCCGCCCCGAGCGGCCGGCUGGGCCGGCUGCGGCUACAGCACCCUCGGCCUCACCUGCGCCGCCCACGGUCUACGGCAAGGCGCUUGGAUCGCAGGGCGCCUCGAUCGAGUCGCUGGUGUCGGACCUGAAGACCUUGGAAGCGGACCUGCAACGGAGCGCUGCCCGCGCCUUGUACGACCUCUGCGUGGGGAAAGAUGCCACGGCGCUGCGGCAUAAGCAGCAGGCGGCCGAGGCUGGUGCCAUUGAAGCCUUGGUGGCUGCCAUGAAGACGCACCAUGCGGAUGCGCGAGUGCAGAGCUGGGCGGCUUGUCCGGUGGCCAGCAUUUGUUCUGGUGACGAUGAAGCUGCUGCGCAACGAAAACGUCAGGCUGUCGAGGCCGGUGCGCUGGAAGCAAUGGUGGCAGCCAUGACAUGGCAUCAGGAUGAAGCCAAAGUGCAAGUCUGGGCCGCCUGUAUGGUGGAUCGGAUCUGUCAAGGCAGCGAUGUGGCCGGCCUCGAUCGCAAGCAGCAGGCAGUGGAGGCUGGCUGGCUAGAAGCCUUGGUCUCUGCCAUGAAGGCCCAUGCAGAUGAUGAAGAUGUGCAGUUUCAUUCUGCCAAAGCCUUGCACAACAUUUGCGGCGAUUCGGCGGUGAGAUGGAAACAGCAAGCUGCGAAGGCAGGCGCUAUCGAAGCCUUAGUGGCCGCCAUGGUGGCACACAGAGAAGACGUGAAAGUUCAGGGCUGGGCCGCCGGAGCGCUGUACAGCCUUUGUUCGGCCGAAGAUGCGGCUGGAACCAAACUGAAGCACCAAGUUUUCAAGGCCGGCGGUUUGGAGGUGCUCUUGGCCGCCCUUCAGCUGGAGGAUGUGCGCUGUCGUACCUGGUCCGCCUGUGCCGGGCUGCGCAUCUGCUGCGGGGAGGACUCGGCGGCCAAGAAGCAGCGGCAACAUGCUAUGGAGGUGGGUUUCACCACGUCCUUGGCCUCCAGCAUCAGUGCCUUGGCCACGGCCUUACACAGCGACGACGUGGAGCUGCGCGGCUGUGGCGCCUGGGCCUUGUGGAAGCUCUGGGAGGUGAUGGAGGACGAGAUGCCGCAACGAGCCGUGGAGGCCGGGGUGUUAGAGGCCUUAGUCUAUGCCCUGAAUUCACGCGAUGUGGAGCUACAAAGACCGUGCGUCAAUGUGCUCUACUCCACCUGCGUCGGGGAGGACGCCGCAGCACUGGAGCGAAAGCAACGAGCGGCACAGGCUGGAUCAUUGGAAGCCUUGGUGGAUGCCAUGAAACACAGCAAGGAUGCGGAUUUGCAACGAGAUGCCGCCUGUGCCUUGGGCAACCUCUGCUCCGGUGACGACCAGCUGGCGCAGCAGCGCAUGUUGCGGGCCGCGGAGGCAAGUGCUGUACUGGCUCUGCAGGAGGCGUUGACCUUCUGUGAAGGAGAUGAGGAGUUGUCGGAGGCCAUCAAAGAGCUGAUCCGACGCAUGGAGGAGGUGCUCAGAAAGGCGAGGAUGGAAGAGGACGGUGCCAGCACGGUGGCAUUUUUGGAGGCGGCCAUCCCGGCCGAACGACAACAUGUGCAACUGGAAGUGGAUGAUGAGCCUGCAGUGCCUGAGGAGCCCGCGGCAGCAGUGCCGUUUGCGAUCACCACCAGCUUGGCUUUGCCAUCGGUGGAGACCCAACCGCACUACACGCCUAGCAUUCCAUCCUCCCAGCUGCGGGAGGGCUUGGGUGGCUUGAGCGGCCUGUCCAUCAGUGGGCCCGUGCCGGUGAUGACGCCGAACAACUGCUUCGAACCGCAGUACGUUCCAAUGCCGGCAUUUGCAGAAGAUGUAAGCGAAUUGCCCGUGUGAGUGCUGUGCAGUGCAGGGUCGGUUGAGCAGAUGAGUUGUUGUUUUCC